AUGCGACCAUCCUACUCUUCUUCUUCUUCUACUCCAUCCCCCUCUUCCUCCAUCGUCCGAGCUCCUCCGCAGACCUCCAUUGUCACCCCCUUCAGAUCACACGCCCCCCUGCGGUGGCGGAGCGGGAGAAUCUCCGCGACCUCCGCCGCCGGCGCAGGCCGGCAGGCCACGCUCAAGUCCCGGCUCGCCGCUGGCGAGACUCUCUACGGUAUGUUCCUGCUAAGCGGUGACCCCACGCUCGCAGAGAUCGCUGGCCUCGCCGGCUACGACUACGUGGUGGUGGACAUGGAGCACGGCCCCGGGGGGAUCUCCUCUGCCCUCACCUGCCUUCGCGCCCUCGCCGCCGCCGCCACUCCGGCGAUCCUCCGCCUGCCGGAGUCCUCCGCUGUGUGGGCCAAGAAGGCGCUCGAUAUCGGCCCGCAGGGCAUCAUGUUCCCCAUGGUCGACGGCGCCUCUUCCGCCGCCGCCGCCGUCUCCUUCUGCCGCUACCCGCCGCGAGGGCUCCGCGGCGCCGCUCAUCCGGUGGUGCGAGCUUCCUGCUACGGGAUCGACGACGACUACUUGGAGCAUUAUGAGGAGGAGCUGUUGAUCAUGUGCCAGGUGGAGACGGAGAAGGCGGCGAUGGACGUGGAGGCGAUCGCCGCCGUGGAGGGGGUGGAUUGCAUCCAGAUGGGGCCGCUGGAUCUGAGCGCCGCCAUGGGGUUCCUGUGGAAGCCCGGCCACCGGAAGGUGAGGGAGACGAUGGCGGAUCUGGAGCGCCGCGUGCUGGCCACCGCCGGCGGCGGCGCCGCCGGUGGCGCGUACCUGUCGGGGUUCGCGAUGCCCUACGACCCGCCGGAGGAGAUGAAGAGGAGGGGCUACAGCAUGGUGGCGGGGGCGGUGGACCUGGGGAUAUUCCGGCAGGCGGCCGUCGAGGACGUGCAGAGGUUCAGGACUGCGCCUGGUUCCAGCGAGGCCGCCGACGCCGGCGAGGAAGGAGAUGAGAACGAGAAGGCUUACUGGAGUGAGUGA